AAUAAUAAUCUUCCAAAUUCAACUGUUGAAGUGUUGAUCAUUCCUUCAAGGAUUAUGCUUGCAAGUAAUUACCCACUUCUUGUUCUUAACCAAAUGGAGGCUAAAUUUCCUUUAGCCAAACUAACAAAGGAAUCAACAAUACUGCUUGUUUAUCUUGUACAAUUAUCCAACUAAAAAUCGGAUUUCUUCAUUCAUACAAAAGUAGAUCUUUAUUCGACAACAUAGUUACAGAAUCUCUAUCCCUUUAUUCUCUUCACCUUUUGACAUUUUCUUCCUCGGCAGAAUUAUUUACUCACUUUCAUGGGUCCUUAAAUAAGAUCAUCCCUGUCUCUGAAGUUCUUACAGGGGAGGAGAAAGUUGAGUUUGAGGAAGGUGCUAUUCAAUGGCCUCUUGUUGCUACCCUGAUGUAUUUUCCUGGGUUCAGAAUCUACCACCAAUUCCUCAAUGGAAAUCAAAUUCCAUGUCCAUUUGCUUGUGUUCUUCAACUUCAUCCCAUCCUUCUCUCAAUCUUUCCAUAACCAAAACCCUUCACUCCCCCACUGUAUCAUUCUCCAUCAUUGCGGAUUUCAAUCUCCCCAUAUCUCUUUGGCUCUCAAAAUACUUCAAAAUCAACACCAACUCCCCCAAGUUAUUAGAUGAAGAAACCAUUUCCUCUCUCACCAUCAACUUCAUUCAAGAUGUCCUUAGCUAUAGCUCAAACACGAACAACUCCACCCACAUCAAAUUUCCCAAACUAGAAUUUAUUCCUGGGUUUAAGGACAUCUUCAAUCUUGCAUUUUCCACUCUUACUCUCCUUAUCUGCAUCUUUGAAGCUCCUGCAGAUCUUCGUUCUGGUUGUCUCAUGACUAUCAAGAACGAGUUGAUAAAUUGCCGGUUAAGAGCAGCUUCAGCACAACUUAUGAAGCUGCUAGGAUCAAACAUGGAGGAGCAAUGGAUGCGGUCAGUAAAUCUCGCCAUCACAAACUGGAUUAUAGAGAUUCGAGCUACAAAACGCAACCUGAACCUCAAGACACCAUCACCCUUGUUUUCUUAUGCAAUUUCGACAUCUGGGUUAUGGAAGGUUCAGCUCUACUGCCCUCUCAUAGCCAUGGAUGUAGAAAGCUCAAGCAACUCUUCUGUAGACGAGCAGCUGCUUUUCUCCCUCAAUUACCACCAGCUCGAGGGAGUGAUCCAAUUCAACUACAAAGUCACCAUUCAAGAAAAAUGGGUCACGGUCAAGGUGAACACAGACAACAUAAGGUUUGAUGUAAUUCGACUCGUAAACGAAACCCUAAUGAACGAAAGAGGAGUCGGAACAGAGGAAAAGCACUUCCCUUCCAGAAUCUCAUUGCAGAUCACCCCAACUGUACAGACGAACAUCAUAAGCGUCUCAGUGAGUAAAUCAUCCAACAAUCCGGUGAGAGAGAUAGAAAUGGAAAAAGGCAUCGAGACCUCCUUCGAUCCGCCUAGCUCUUUCUUGGGGCUGAAGGUAUCAGCCGGAGAGACGGUGACGACGAGCAUAAAGCCCUGGAAAUUCGAGCAAUCCGUUAAUGGGUACAGCGGGAUUUUGAACUGGUUUCUCCACGAUAGCAUGGACGGGAGGGAGGUUUCCUCCUCGAAGCCGUCGAAGAUUGCGCUGAUCAAUCCUAGGGCUUGGUUUAAGGACAGGUACUCUAGCGCUCACCGGCCUUUUACACGGCAGGGAGGAGUGAUUUUCGCCGGUGAUGAGUACGGAGAUAGUGUUUCGUGGAAAAUUGACAGAGGUGCCAUCGGGAAAACGAUGUUGUGGGAAAUCAGCGGGUGGAUUUGGCUAACUUAUCUGCCUAAUAAGCAUAGAACGUUCCACACCGAGACCAGGAGGUUGGAAUUUAGGGAAAUCCUUUAUCUUCAUAUUGCAUAGCUGUGUAUCUUCUUUGCCUUUUUCCUUUGGAUUGAAUAUGUAACAAUGCACCCGUAGCUUUGGUUCGGAUGUGUCUGACCCUUGCCUCGACCAGAGUUUAAGUUGCAAUAGCAACCCUAUCACUCCUUUCCCCCAACUUUUCCCCUGUUAGAAAAAAAAAAAAGAAUAGGUAACAAUAAGCCCCCGUUUUCAUUAAAAAAAUGAUAAGCUUUUUUUUUCUUUUUUCUUUUUUCUUUUUUCCUUUUAUGGGUGAAGAUGUAAUGUUGAAUCGAUUGUGAAAGUGAGAAUGACAAAUAAUUUAAAUUCAUCUUG